AUGCGAUUGACUGCCUUCGCGGGUCUUGAAGACCUGUCUCCCGUGGUCGACAUGCGAGCAACCCUACCCUUGACCGUCAUUGCUGCUCAAAUCGCAUCAACGAGUGGCGAGUAUCAGGUGUGGAGCACUCUGACAUUUUACAACACUCUUGACAUGGGGCACAAGGUUCUUUCAUCAUUCGACACCGUUAUCGAUGAUAUUCUGAGCCAAGUUAAGGAUGGUGACGAAUUCAGAAUCAUCUAUCUCAUGACACCGUUUCCCACCCUGUUCUCGAGCUAUGGUGACGACGUUCUUGGUCUUGAUCGAGCUCAUACCAGGAAAUCUGUUGUCUUCAGCAUUCAGGGCGUUCUGCCCACGGCCAAGUACCAGGACCUCUUGAGACAGAGGCUGAAAGCAGCGACGGCAGACAUCGAGGCUAGAGCUACUGAUCAACUUAUUCUCUAUCUGUACCUAAAUUAUGCAAGUCCAGACCAGAGACCAUUGGCUACCUAUGGUGAGGAGAACAUCGCUUCCCUGAGUAGCGUUGCGGAGAAGUACGAUCCUGGAUAA